AUGCCGGUAGCGUAUGCGUAUAGUGAAGAGCUAAUUGAAUAUGCUGAUAAGCUACCCUCGAAUAAGGGGAGAGCGUCCAGGGUGAAUGCCUUGAUCGAGUCCUUUGGUUUAAUGGACAAGUUUGAUGGCAUCAUUCGCGUGAAACCAUGCACACAAGCGGAUCUCGAAAAAUAUCACGAUAAAAAUUUUAUUAAGUUCCUAUUGACCGGUGACGACGGACUGGAUGCUGAAAGUGAAACGGAAGGAGAAGAAAGUGACGAGAGUUACGAAGGGAAGGACGAGCCCGUGUCCAAAGAAGCGCUUUAUGGAUUACACUAUGACUGUCCGCCGUUUGACGGUUUAGAGAAGUAUGUUAAGCUUGUAGCAGGAGCUACUCUACAAUGUGCUGAUUACUUAGUGAGUCUUCUUGAUACAGACAUAGCCCAAAACACGUCUAAAGUGGCUAUCAAUUGGACAGGAGGAAGGCAUCACGCUAAGCGUGCUGCAUGCUCUGGAUUCUGUUACGUCAACGACAUCAAUUUAGGAAUACAACGAUUGAGAACAAAAUUUGAUAAAGUUCUAUACGUUGAUCUCGACCUCCAUCAUGGGGAUGGGGUUGAAACGGCGUUUGCUUAUUCUGACAAAGUGAAAUCGGUAUCUGUCCACCGUUAUGAAAGAGGGUUCUUUCCUGGGACAGGAGGGAUGAAUACCACGUCACGUUCGGUUGUAAACAUCCCUACUAAAUAUGGGUUAUCAGAUAAAUCAUUUAUUCAAAUUUUUGAUACCAUUAUUGUGGCAGAAAAGGAAGAUUUUCAGCCGGAUGCGGUAGUUGUCACAACUGGAUGUGAUGGUUUAGCUCGUGACGAGUUACGAGAAUGGAAUUUGUCCUUUUCAUCUUUUGAAUAUAUAAUCGACCAGAUAGUUAACAGCUGGAAGCUACCAACACUAUUACUCGGAGGAGGGGGUUAUCACACUCUAGAUACAGCUAGAUGUCUCGCGAUUUGUACCGCUGCGGCCUUGAAUGUUCCUGACAGAAAACAAUGGGUUGAGAUACCAAUGCACGAUUACUUCAACGAAUACGUUAAAGACAACUAUUCACUUCGGGUUGAAAGUCACGUCAGGCAUAACACUCCAGACGAAAACUCUGAGGAGUAUUUAAAAAAGCUGGCUGAUUAUUUUGAACAUCGGCGAUAG